AUGUUUUUUUAUUAUGCUCUAGUUUGUUUUUUUCUUGUUGUUGUUGUCAUUAUAGAAGGUGAAGAACAUGUACAUAUCAAUGGUCCAUUUGGAAAAGUUCAUUCGAAUAUUGAAAUACCAAGUCCAUUUAAUUGUAAUCGAAGUAUUGGUAUUUCAUCAGAUUCAUUAUCUGUAAGAAUAAUAGAUUUACAAGUUUCAUCAACACAUUAUUUAAAUAAAGAUUUUCUUGAUGUUUCAUGGAUACCAUUAUCAAAUCCAUGUAAAGAUGAUUUUAUUGGCAUUUAUUUUGUUGAAAUACCAAGAGAAACAGGUGCUUGUGAUUAUGUUGAUUAUGAAUUUAUUCAAAUUGGUCAAAAUAAUUCGACAUGGUUUAUGAUUAAUUUACGUCGACAAUUAGAAUUUCGUUAUUAUUCACGUAAUGAAAAUUGUACUGGAAAUUAUGAAUUUCUUGGUAAAUCAUCAAUUGUUGAACCAUCUAAUUUUAAUGAACCAACACAAGUUCAUUUAGCAUUUGGUGAUCGUAAUGAUGAAAUGUUUGUUUCAUAUGUAACUAAUUCAAAUGAAGUUAUUCCUCAAUGUCAAUAUGGUUUUGAUUCCACAUCACUUCAUUUUCAAAGUAAUGGAACAACAAUAACUUAUGAAGCAUCUGAUAUGUGUGAAGGAAAAGCAAAUAUAACUGGUCCACAAACAUUUAUUAAUCCUGGUUAUAUGCAUACAAUUCUUCUCAAUAAUUUAAAUCCAUCAACAAUCUAUUAUUAUCGAGUAGGAAAUAAUGAACAUGGUUGGUCACGAAUAUAUCAUUUCAUUAAUCGACCAGAAAAUAUUGAUGAUGAAGUAAAUCUUAUUGCCUAUGGUGAUAUGGGUGUAUCACCAGUGCAACCCGGUGCUAAAGCAACAAUAGAUCGAGUAGCAACUAGAGUUCAAACAAAUAAUGUUACAGCUAUUUUACAUAUUGGUGAUGUGAGUUAUGCUCGUGGUAUUGGUGCACUUUGGGAUAGUUUUAUGACUCAAAUUGAAAUGGUUACAUCUUCUGUUCCAUAUAUGGUUGGUAUCGGUAAUCAUGAAUAUGAUCAUGUGUCAGGUGGCGAAAAAGAUCCCAGUGGAGCACCUGGACCUGGAGGAUUUCGUCCAAUAUGGGGAAAUUAUGGUUAUGAUUCUGGUGGUGAGUGUGCAGUACCACUAGUUCGUCGUUUUCAUUCACCUUCGAAUGGAAAUGGACUUUUUUGGUAUAGUUUUGAUAUUGGACCAAUUCAUAUUGUAUAUUAUUCAACUGAACAUGAUUUUCGACGAUUCUCACCUCAAUAUACAUGGCUUGAAAAUGAUCUUCGUUCUGUAAAUCGUUCACGUACUCCAUGGUUAAUUGUUGGUUCACAUCGUCCAAUGUAUACAUCAUUGGUAGUGAUUGAUCCAAUUGGUCUUAUGUUACAACUUCAUAUUGAACCUCUUCUCUAUAAAUAUCAAGUUGAUUUAAAUCUUUAUGGACAUAUUCAUUCUUAUGAACGAACAUGUCCAAUGUAUCAACAUCAAUGUGUAGAAAAUGGUAUUACACAAAUAUUAAUUGGGAUGGGUGGACAUGAUUUAACAUAUGGAAAUUAUAGUGGAACAAAAUGGAGUUUAUAUCAUGAUAUUGAUUUUGGAUAUACACAUAUAUGGGCUAAUAAAACAUAUUUAAUAUUUAAUUAUUAUCAUACACAUGAUGAUCAUCUUGUUGAUCAAUUUCAUUUAAAUAAAUAA